AUAUUAUUUCCCGCCUGCUGUCAGAUCCCGAAUUCAAAAUCCUAUCUUCUCCAGCCGCAGAGGAAACACAGAAAGAGGACAUGGUUGUCAUUACCAGAAAUGUGGAGUGUAUCUCCAAUCCCACCGCCACCGACGAUCCUCUAUUACCCUGGCUACAAUCCAUUGAAAAAGCACUGCAAAAUUCAAUUCAAUCGAACAGUUCCACCGAUCUCGACGAGCUCGUAUCGAAAUGUAUUUAUACCUUCAAUGCCGACCCACGCUACAGAGAUGAUGUCAGAUUUCUCAAGAUUUGGUUUCUCCAUAUGGAUGGAAGUUCGGAUUAUGAAAGAGUUUUUAAGGAAAUGGAGCGGAACAAGAUUUGUUUACGUAAUGCUUUGCUUUAUGAAUCUUUUGCGCUGUUUUUGGAAGUUAAGGGGAAGUUAAUUGAUGCGUGUAUGAUUUACCAUUUGGGAAUUUCAAGGAAUGCUCAGCCUUUGGGGAGAUUGAAGAAAGCGCAGGUUUUAUUUCUUGAGAGAAUGUCAGAGAGGGUGACAAAUGGUUCAUUUCAGAAGAUGGAAAACGAUGUUUCUUCAGAAAAUGGUGAAAAUUUUGUUAAUCCAUGGUCUGUCACAACCCUCAAAAACUUGUUGCAGAAGAUGAAUUCACGAGUAGUAAAAUAUGAGGGAUACCAUCAAAGUAAUAAAGCAUAUCCAGGAAAAGUUUCAUUAUCGUCCUUGCAGAAAUCAGCUAGGCAGAAGACCAUUGACAUAGGUGGAUAUAAGUACCAGAUCAAAGGGUGUGCAGGACAAGGUGGAUUUGCUCAAGUGUUUAAAGCAUAUGUUGAUAACAAUCCAGAUGAUGUUGUUGCCCUUAAGAUUCAAAAGCCUCCUUUUCCUUGGGAGUUCUACAUGUAUCGCCAACUUGACAUGCGGAUUUCAGAAAAAGAGAGGAUGAAUUUUGGCUUUGCUCACAGACUGCACCUCUAUUCUGACUACAGCAUUCUGGUCUCUGAUUAUUUAGCUCACGGGACACUUCAGGAUGCCAUUAAUUCUAAUGCUGUCAUAGGUGGGUCUAUGGAAGAAGUUUUGUGUAUUUAUUAUACCAUAGAGCUGCUCCACAUUCUUGAAAUUCUGCACGAUACUGCAAUCAUCCAUGGUGACUUCAAACCUGAUAAUUUGCUCAUCCGGUAUUCCAGGGAUGAUCUAACAGAAAGUAAAGAUGAUUUUCUCACGUGUAGUGGUCCUUGGCGUAAUCAGGGGCUUUGUCUCGUCGACUGGGGAAGAGGAAUCGAUCUUAGUCUUUUUCCUGAAAAGACCAAAUUCAUCGGAGACAGUAGAACUUCAGGCUUUCGCUGUAUAGAAAUGCAAGAAAAUAAGCCUUGGAUAUUUCAGGUGGACACGUACGGAAUGUGUGUUAUUGUUCACAUGAUGCUUCACAAUUCGUACAUGGCUAUUGAAAAGAAAGCCUCUCUUGAUGGUGGCUAUGUUUAUCAACCCAAAUCACAUUAUAAACGAUACUGGAAUAUAGAGCUCUGGAGAAGCUUAUUUACCAAGUUGCUAAACAUUAACCCAAGUGAAGAUCACAAAAAAUUGCUCCAAUCAUUGAGGGAAUCAUUCCAAGAUUACAUGUGUUCAGAUCCUAAACUAAUAAAAAAGUUGAAGCAGUUAUUGCUGAAGCAAAGAACUUCCCUGUGUUCUUCAUAGGACACAUUCACAUCUUCUUCCAUGUGUGUCCAUUGGUUCUCGCUCGAUUGCAAGUUGCGCGUCUCUCUCAUCUUCCUGCAUAAGUCUGAUUUUCUAUUAGAACAUAUAUUAAUAUUGUUUUUAUAAUAAUUCUUGCAAAUUUAAUUAGUGUAUCGUCACCACUGUAUAGGAGAGCAAUGGAGAGAGGCACUUGAUAUGUUUUAGGAGUGUUUGAAAUUGGAAUGUAUCUCCAUCAAUGUCAACCAUUGUCACAAUCAGAAUGUGAAUGAGUGUAUGUUGAAUUAUGUAGUUGUGGUCAUUUUAUUUUCACUCCUUUUGUAAGAAAGUUUGAAACCAAAAAUAUUGUUGUUAUUGGAUGGAUGGACAUUAUAAGAGUUUCUUAGAAACUUCUUGUUUUGAAAUAUUCAAGUCAAUUAAUAUGGACUUCUAAAGAUGAA